AUGCAGGAUCCAUCCCCAAAAACAUCGGUCGAUUUCACCAAACAGCAUCGGCUCCAAGGAGACGAGGUGAUUCAGUGGUUCAGAUGUCUGAGGAAUAUAUGGGAAGCCGAACCGGGGUCUGAAGUUGUCGAUGGCUCUCCGUCCAACCAACAAAUGCCCUUGAUUGACCACGUCAACUCGGAAGAAGAUCUUCUAAUCCGAGUACAUUCGUGGAUUCUACCUUACUUGAGAGAACAACUUGCCGCUCUCCUACCAUUGCUGAAGCCAACCGAAUUACAAACAGAGCCGGGGUCAAAACUUGAUCUAAUCUUAGAGCUCCAAUUCAGAAUCGCUGGAACCAUGACUCGAUUUCAAUCUGCGAUUGCCAUGAUUUGUCCACAACCCUUGUGUUGCACAGAACGACUCGACGACCAAUUUUUGAAACAAUCCAAAGCUUACAGACUUGACACGCUCAGCGAUCGCGCCCAUGACUCAAUCACAUCGACGACCGCUUUUUUUGAUGCGGCCAGGCAACACAUCCAACAAAUGGGACUCACUACACAGGAAUCGGUUCAUGAAGUUAACUCGGCUGCGUGUUAUGUGAAAUGCAACCAAGAUGCAUCGGACAAGAUCGAGAAGACCAUCUGCUGCUUGAAAGCGGGUUCUGAAAUCGAUUUUAUUGAAUAUUUCUGGGCCUCGGAUGUUAGAUGGCUCGAGCAGUUUCCAGAAGACACAUCUGAAAUCUUCAUCCCCGACAAUCCCACUCGAGCUCAACUUCGAUUGACUCCAGAGAAAGUGCCUCCCGAACCGGUAAUCAAGCUCAUAAGGCUAUCAAUGCCAAUCUCGAUCCUAUCCAAACUUUUUUUCAAGACGAUACGUCGGAUGAUGAACACUAAUAGGAGCCAGCUACCACCAUAUACGGCGAUGAACUCCAAACAGCUAAAAUGUCUAUGCGAAUCUGCUAGAGAAACUGGUCAUCGUUUAUGCAAUCUCAUUUGCCUCAUGUAUACAAUCAAAGACACGGCCUACGGAGUCGAAACCCGGUAUGCAUGCCGGGAGGCCCGAUCGCUUUUGGAUGGUAUUUCUUCUCGCUUAUCAGCUGUGCUGCUUAUUGUGAUGCUUCAUAUCGUUCCCAUGGUCCCGAACACGGAUGGCCUUUCCGAUCAGAAAUACUACAAGACUUGGUUGACAAUGUGGCAUAAUCUGAUGGUUUCAGCAAUUGAUAACUUCGGACACUCCAGCCUGAUAGUUGAACACAUUCCCAAUUAG